GGGAGGAAAAGGAAGCGCUCCCCACUGGACCCCGCCUUCUUCCCCACGCCAAUACCCGAGCUCCACGCACCUUUCUGCCCAGCCCUCUGCCCCGCCUCUGUCAGAGGGGUACUCCUGUUCCCAGGUGCCUCUGUGUCCCUGGCCACCUCAGAUGCACCCCCCAACUCUGGCUGUUCCUGUGUUUAGCUCGCUGCGCUCGGGGUCACUCCCCCCAAGGGACGAGUAGUGAGACACGCGCUAGUCGCCUUGCGCAGGCGUACCCCCUCCCUCGCCACCUGGGACUACAUUUCCCGGCGGGCGCUGCGCCUACACUGUGGUCAGCUGACCGUUCUCGUGAUCUGCAGAUUGUCAGGGGGUUCGACUGGAGGAGGAGAGGUGACUGCCCUGGGCCGCUGCUGAUCUCCGACCAAGCGGAGCCAAAAUGUCCCCGGAAUCUAAAAAGCUUUUCAACAUCGUUAUUUUAGGAGUUGCCUUUAUGUUUAUGUUCACCGCCUUUCAAACUUGUGGAAAUGUGGCGCAAACUGUCAUCAGGAGCUUAAAUAGCACAGAUUUUCAUGGCAGUGGAUAUACCAGCUUGGCAAUUAUUUACGGCGUGUUCUCUGCUUCCAAUUUGAUCACUCCCUCCGUGGUUGCCAUUGUAGGACCUCAGAUCUCUAUGUUUGUCAGUGGCUUGUUUUACAGCAUGUACAUUGCCGUUUUUAUCCAGCCUUUCCCAUGGUCCUUCUACACAGCGUCUGUUUUCAUUGGAAUUGCAGCUGCUGUACUUUGGACAGCACAAGGAAAUUGCCUGACAAUAAAUUCCGAUGAGCACACAAUCGGGAGAAACAGCGGCAUUUUCUGGGCACUCUUACAGUCUAGCUUGUUCUUUGGAAAUCUCUACAUAUAUUUUGCCUGGCAAGGGAAAACUCAAAUUUCAGAGAACGACCGAAGGACAGUGUUCAUUGCCCUGACGGUGAUAAGCCUCGUGGGGACAGUUCUGUUCUUUCUCAUUCGGAAACCAGAUCCUGAGAAUGUCCUUGGAGAAGAAGAGUCUUGCGAUGACCAGGACAUGGAAGCCACUGAGUCUGCCCAGAACAACAUGACAAAGGCAGUAGACGCGUUUAAAAAGUCUCUGAAGUUAUGUGUCACCAAGGAGAUGCUCCUUCUGAGCGUUACGACUGCCUACACAGGUCUGGAGCUGACGUUCUUCUCUGGGGUGUACGGGACUUGUAUUGGAGCCGUAAACAAAUUUGGGACGGAAGAGAAAAGCCUCAUUGGACUCUCUGGAAUUUUCAUCGGCAUUGGAGAAAUUUUAGGUGGAAGCCUCUUUGGCCUGCUGAGCAAGAAUAAUCGCUUCGGCAGAAAUCCAGUCGUGCUGCUGGGCACCCUGGUGCACUUUGUCGCCUUCUACCUGAUCUUUCUCAACAUGCCUGGAGAUGCACCCAUCGCCCCCGUAGAGGGAACUGACAGCAGUGCGUACAUCAGGCCCAGCAAAGAAGUCGCCAUUCUCUGCAGUUUCCUGCUGGGCCUGGGGGACAGCUGCUUCAACACGCAGCUGCUCAGCAUUUUGGGGUUUCUCUACUCGGAAGACAGCGCUCCAGCCUUCGCAGUCUUUAAGUUUGUCCAGUCGAUCUGCGCCGCCGUGGCUUUCUUCUACAGCAACUACCUCCUCCUCCACUGGCAACUCCUGGUCAUGGUGAUAUUUGGGUUUUUUGGAACCAUUUCAUUUUUCACUGUGGAGUGGGACGCUGCUGCCAUUGUGGCCCGAGGCUCUGACUACCGAAGUAUUUGAUGAAGCCCACGUCUCCGGGAAACACAGCUGGUCGCAUCGCAGAGCCGGUUAAAGUGGCUGCCUGUCAUGGCCUAGCCGUUGGAUGAUGUUGAGUGUGGAAAAUGAAAGAACCAACACUGUUAAGUCGGGCGGAGUUGGUAUUAAAGUUUACAGGUCCUGGCAGUUUAAAGCUGGCGGAAUGAGGGAUGUCUGUCCACCCACCUUCCUCGGUUCCUUACAAUCAUGUCUCCCUCGUCCUCGUUCUCAUGGAGAGAUCCUGCCUUCAUCGUCAUGUGUCACUCAGGAUUCUUGCUAGCUACGGAGUGUAUUUCACCACUUAGGAACGGGAAGCAGGUGCCGCUCCAUGUGUGGUCAUGGGAAUGACUUUCAGAUGUAUUGUGAGGAUGCUGAGACACAGUUGUUUUAAAUAGGGUCUCAUUGUGUGUAGCCCAGGCUGGCCUUGGACUCGCGGCCCUCCUGCCUCCAGUGUUGGGGUUAUAGAGUGUGCCUAGCACACGAUUUAAAAUGCCCCAGUCUUUUCGAGAUAGGAUCUUGAUAUGCAGCCCUGGCUGACCUAGACUUUGUACAACAGACAGCACUCCUGCCGUUGUCUCGAGAAUGCUGGGAGGGUGAGAAGACACCACCACACAUACUUGGCAUGAGACUUUAACUUCUCUUGAAAUGCUUUAUUGAACAAGUUCUCUUACCUUACAAUUCCUAGCAAGGAGUGGCCAGUUACGUGUCAUGAAAUGAAGAUUGUCAUUUGUCAAUUAAUAAAAGCAUAUUUAGGGAAGUAAAGAAUAUUUACUGGGGGACUUUUGCUGUGGUUUUCCUGCCAGUUACAAUAAAGAAAAACUCCACCCUCCUGGUGGGUUCUGUGUGGCUA